AGAUUAGCGAUUUCACUUGCUGUUUUGUGGGUUUUUCGAAAUCAAUCAGCCAGCACCACAAAGAAUCAUUCUCCAUGGCUAUACGACAAUGUCAAAUGCUCGUGAUUUAACAUUACUAGAGAAAUGGUCUGACGCUGCAACAAUACCAACAAUACUUCCUCCUAUAUCACCAACUUCGCCAAAGGCUACAAAAUUUUGUUGUUGUCCCAAUCGCAGGCGUUAUAAUCUAAAACAGCCAAAAAAGUCUACACUGCAUGCUAGAAAUAUUUUUAUCGAUAACGAAUUUAAUUAUAUUGAUGAUGUUUCCCAUGAAAAUUACAAAAGCAACAACAACCAAACACCUAUAUCCUCAAGCGCUAUCUCAAACAACAAAAGACCAACAGUUAAAUACAAAAGAAUUGGUGACACCUUUGCAACCUACAACGAUUCAGAUCUAACAACUACAGCUGCACCAACAAUCCAAGUUCCACUAACACCAACAACAACAUCAACAGCAACAACUACAAAUACAAUUCCAACGACAAUAGCAAAUUACGAAGAAAGUUACAGUGACUAUGAUGAUAUCAUUGAUAUCCCCAGUGAUACUGAAAACUAUGUUGUGAAUGUAAUGAACGGCAUUGGAAUUCAACCGCACCAACAAACAGAACAACAAUUGCAGUUGCAGCAUCAGCAACGGCAACAGCAAAGGCAGGAUAGCGACGCAAGUUCACAAUGGCGGCAUGACAAAAAUUGUCAUUAUCUGAAACAGAUUGACAAUUGCAACAGUUGUAGCUGCUUUAAUGACGAACAGUGCAUAACAGAAGUAAAUCAAGAAAAAUUGCAGAUUGCAAAUAAAAUUGCAGCAACAAUAAAUUCAACGAAAAAUUUUGAAAAAAAUUGCUCUGUCACAAUACCAAACCAAAGUGUUAAUGACGACUUUGUUGCUGCAACCACUGAUGCCGCAACCGAAGCGAGAUUAACAAAAAGUGAACGACUACCACAGCAAGAUCAGCAACAUUAUCAACAGCAACACAAUCAAAUUAACGGUGACAAGGGCAACAAAAACGACAAUCAAAGCGAAUAUCGUAACGAUCAUAGCAAUCAACAAAUCCAAAGACUAAGCAAUAGUGAAUUUAGUGUUAAUAAUAAGGAAAAUAAUAUAAGCAACUGCAACGGAAAUUGCAGUAAUUGUAUUAGCAGCUCAACCAAAACAAUAGCAACAAGAGCUGCAACAACAGAACAUAACAAUUGUUUUAAUAAAAGUUGCUGUAAUUAUUGUCAAAUAAAAACGCUUAAAACUUAUCACAAAACGAAUAGCAACGGUAUUUUCGAAAACAAUUGCAGCAGUAACUGCAACUGCAAUAGCAACAGUAACAGCAACAGCAGCAGCAAUAGCGAUAGCAACAAAGCUAAAAUUGACGAUACGACGCAGCAUAAAAUGACAAUUACGACAACGAAUGUAGCACAUCGUAAACGUAGUGAGUGUGGGUUGACAACAACGGCAACAAUAACAGCAACUACUCCAACAACAUCGACAGUAUCAACAUCUCUGCCAACAACACCAACAUCACCUAAUUUUCCACAUCAUUUAACGCCUUCUCGAACAACUGUGAUCAAAACAACAAUGGUAAAAAGAAGUCCUCUUCAAGAGACUGCAAUACCAGCAACAACAACAAUUGCAACAGCAGUUGCAACAAAUACUGAACGACCGAGCACAAUGUUGCAACAAACAGAAAUUUUUGAUAAUAUGUUGCACAAUAACAGCAACACAAACGGUAUCAACGACAACAAUAAUGAUGUUGCCUAUGAGCCGAAAAGAUCUGUCAAAGAACGCAUUGCAGCAAUUGUUGCCGGAAAUGGUUGUGCCUAA